AUGUAUCUCCCCACAGAGAUCAUCAAAAAAGUAGGCUCAUACUUGACACUGGCAGAACAAGGCGCAUGUAUCCGUGUCUGCUAUGCAUGGUACGAACCCUUCCUGGAUCUUCUCUACACACGAGUACAUAUACAUACCCGCCACCAGUUUCGACUCUUUUACCGUUCCAUCAAGAGUUCAGCCACCAUUCAGGAUUCACUGGGCCAUCACGUCAAAGAGCUUGUAUUCGACCACAGUACCAAGGGAUGCCAUGUUGGCCUCACGCGCGAUGAAUUUGAAACGUUUCCAGACUACUUUACGCACCUCGAGAUUUUAGACUUUGACCCUGAUCUCUGGCAGUACAUGCGAUAUUCCGAAAAGUUUGCUCAGAUGAAGUGUAUACGCCAAUUCCCCAUGUUUACUCGAAAAUUCAUCUUUCAGCCUCUCAUCACCGACCAAACCACUCUCAAUGCGCAACUCACGUACCUCGCUAUCAGCGGCCAAGCAACAGAGCAUCUGCUGAACAGCAGCUUAUUGACAACGUCGUUGUGGAGCCGCAUGCCCAAGCUCGAAACACUAGUGAUUCGAGGCACCACACACAACAAUAUCAAUGUAAAGAUGAUCAUGGCGUUGGGGGCACAGUUACCUCGAUUGAAGCACUUGACCCUGGGAUGUCUCACACUGCCGCUGCAAGAAAACGAUAUGAGUUCCACGACGACGUUUCCCCUCUUCACCUCGGCUCAGUCGUUGACGCUGGAUGAUGUGCAUUUAAAGAAUUGGCGUAUGAUUACAUUUUUGAGCCUGGCCUUCUAUCGUGUGGAGGAACUGGAUUUUGACAUGACAUUUGACUGGUUUUACAACGAAAAUGUAACCAUUGAAUUAUACGAACAAUCGAUGGACGCUUGCAUGGGAUUUGCUCAGCUGUGCAUCUUUUUGAAAAAGAUUCGAUUUAGACGAAUCAGCACCUCAGUGUUUCCCUUUCCCUACGAUGCAUUUUUCCAGGAAAUAGCCGACAUUCAUCAAGACAACGUCAAGGUGGAGAUGACAGACUACGCUUGGUGGUCCACCAUCGAUCCCGCUUCAUCGUUCAAAGCAGUGACAGCACAAACAGGCCUCUUGUCAAACGCCAAUCUCAAGUGGUCAUGGACAGGCAAAAAGUCGGAUGUGGCACUAUUCAAAAACCUGAAAUUUUGCACCCAUUUAACCCAUUUGGAGUUGGAUUGCGAUGUGCCCCUGAAAAAUGGAUUUAGACUGGAUCUGCUGUUGGAUAAUUGUCCUGCACUCGAGACGUUUGGUGUAUCGCAUGCGUUAGUGACGACAGGUCGAUCCAUAGAGAAAGCAUCAGACACGAAAUACCUUAUCAAGAGCCUUAGGCUGAAGGAUGCGGUGCUAGGAGACCAUUUGAUGGAUUACGUUGCAAAGAGUUGUCUAUACCUGGACAAGUUAUGGAUUACCAACUGUACGCAAGAGAACCCCCGCCGAUCAGCAUUUGUCGUUAUUCGCAUGCCAGAACACAAUUUCAAAUCGAUUCGACUGAAUUCACUUCACCUGAAUCCUGGAGGAUCGGCUGGCAAGAGCGAGGCGAAUAUAGCCAUUCUGUCAUUUUACGAAUCUACUCGAUAUGCGAAUCAGACAGAGCGAUGGAAGAGGGCAGAGGGCAAAUUCAAAAAUGUCACAGCACCUGAAAUGUGGCGAUUCUAUCAUGUGCACAAGACAGAUGUAUCCAAGAAGGAAAAGUUCGAUAAGCGGCUUCGACGACUAAGCACAGAGGAAGCAGCGAUGAUUGCCAACUUUGAAAUGACAGACAGAAAGUGGAAGGCGGUGAAAAAUGCACCGAAGCGAAAGACAUUCUCAGAUCGAGCAUCAUGGGAGAAAGAUAUACAAUUCGGUGCAGUUUUAUUACUGUGUAGAUCUGUUGAAGAGCUAGAGUUCAACGAACUGAAAGUCUAG